AUGGGUUGCUGCGUUAGUUCGGGGAAAUCGUCAAGUUCAGCUCAUAAAUUCGAUGCGGCAGCCGCUGAUAAGAUAUUUGGGCCGUUAACUGACAACGGAAGCAGAGAGCCGCCGUCUUCCAUGGAGGAAGAGACAGUUAAAGAAGUUCUCUCUGAAACGCAUGCUCUGAAACCACUGGCAAUUUCGCCACCGCUGAAGAAUUGCCCACCGGAAGAAGAUGAAGCCCAAAAACCUGUUGGAGAUAAGGUCACCUAUGAGAUCGAGAAGAAGCUUCCUGAAAUUCCCAUUAAUGGAAUUGUACAACAGCCUUCUGAGUUCGAUGAAAUUUCCAACCCGGACAAGUUUUUCGCCACCGCCAAUUUCACCGAUAUAAUGGACGGCGGUGAAGAGGUUCAUCAAAUGGUCUUGAAAGCACUGCCGACAAAUCAAUCAAUUCCCGGGGAAGUUGGGUUGAAAAGAAAAUUGUCACCGAACAAGACACUUAACCGGAGAUCAGACCAGUCGCCGGUCCGACGAAACAGCUUUGUUGGGUCGGCGAGAUUGGUUCAGAAAAGAGACGCAAGUCCAGCAAUGACCCAUCGAGGAUUGAGGACGGAGCCUACUCAGAAAGACCCAGAUGAGAAUUUCGGCAGGAGAUCCCGGUCCCCAGCCACCGCACGUUUCGACAGCGGAGGGUCUAGAUCCGCCCUGGGGCGGACCCCAUCUGUGAGAAAAUCAGGUAAAUCAUCGCCGCUUCGCACGCCGACAGCAAUAACACAAGCACCGGCGACCAGUCGAAAAGUAGUAGAAGAAAACAAUAUCACUGAUGGAAAUAUGAUCACUCAGAUUGAGUCACUAGAAAACCCACUGGUUUCCUUGGAAUGCUUCAUCUUCCUCUAA